AUGCGGUUCCGCUUCGGCGUGAUAGUGUCGUCCGCGGGGCCCGGGGCCCACCCCGAGCUGCUGGUCGUGGGGUCGCGAGCCGAGCUGGGCCGCUGGGAGCCAAGCGGGGCCGUGCUCCUGAGGCCGGCGAGCGUGGGGCCACCGGCACCGCACGAGCCGGGCCUGUGGCUCGGGGAGGUGGAGCUGGCGGCCGAGGAGGCGGCGCAGGCCGGGGCGGAGCCCGGCCGCGUGGACACUUUCUGGUACAAGUUCCUGAAGCGAGAGCCGAGCGGAGAGCUCUCCUGGGAAGGCAAUGGGCCGCACCAUGACCGUUGCUGCAUUUACAAUGAAAAGAACUUGGUGGAUGGUGUUUAUUGUCUCCCAAUUGGACACUGGAUUGAGGCUACUGGGCACACCAAUGAGAUGAAGCACACAACAGACUUCUAUUUUAAUAUUGCAGGCCACCAAGCCAUGCAUUAUUCAAGGCCGAGUCCAGAUGCUGCCCCAGGCAGUCUGCCUCCUGCACGCACUGCUGGAGAACGGACACACCGUGUACGUGCACUGCAACGCUGGCGUCGGCAGGUCCACGGCGGCCAUCUGCGGCUGGCUGCAGUACGUGCAGGGCUGGAGCCCGAGGAAGCUGCAGUACUUCCUUGUGUCCAAGAGGCCGGCCGUGUACAUCGACGAAGACGCAUUGGCCCAAGCAGAACACGACUUUGUUCAGAAAUUUGGGCAGGUUCGUUCUUCCAUAUGCUGUCCAUAGUCGGCCAGUCUGCCUCCUCGGCCUUCCAGCUUCUUUCAGGAGGUCAAGGUAAAGUAAGAAAGAAGACACAGAAACAAAGAUUCUACCUGAGCCCAAAAGCUGUGAUGGUGGGGUCUUCUCUCCCAGCCUGUCCCCGUUAGUCUGGGCAGUUUCUCUUCUGCUUUAGCCGGGCUGUCUCUUCUUUGAAAUAGUUCACGAAGAAUCCUCUGACAGACUCACCAGUAAAGGCCAAAAGCCGUUGGGCUGUGCAAUGCUGUUCUAGCAUCAGACAGGUAAUCAGUGUAGUUCCUGCUGCCUGUGGGCAGAUCAGUCCUUUGCUUUACAGACUCUGCAUGUGUUUUCUUAUGAAUUCAUGACUUUCUUGUUGCAUUGUAACUGUUUGGGGCACAAAAGAAAAAAAAAAAGCUAGCAAGUUCAGAUUUCAUGGCUUGAGCACACACAGCCACAGCCACAUAGACACACACACACAAAGUACUCCUUCUCUGCUGAACCUAUAAAAUGAGAGCUGGCUACUUGCCGAAGGGAGUAAGGAUUGAAACUGGAUGUGACAAAGGAAGAGCUCACCAUGGCUAAAAAGAGAUAGCUUUCUCAACUUUGCAUCCUGCAGUCGUUGAAGUCUAUUCCAAACCAUCACCUUCCUUACCCACUCAAAAACCCUGUAAGAUAAGCAAAGAGGAGUUGUUAUCUCUCUGUUUUUUUUUUUUUUGGACGUUGAGGCUCAAAGAGCAUAGAGAGCUUGCUCAAGGUCUCAUGGCUAAUUACAGGCUGAGCUGGAGCUUAUAACCCUUGUUGAUUUGACUCCUAGCUCAACGCUGUUGUCAACAUAGCUCGUUUUGCCAGCAUAGUGUGGUGAAUUCAGUUUCUCUCUUUGAGACUAAGAUCUGUAUCUCUGCAGUAGUUUCUAAGUGAGAAAUGGAACAGUGUUCUGAUCGGCUGCCAAGGAAUUUUGUAAAGUAGUUGUAUUUUGUACAACCUAAUUUAAAAGGCAGGAGGCCCUCUGAAGGCCAGUGAGGCCUGAGCCAUAGCUCAUAAGAGGAACUAUAUUAGCAAAGGAGCCAAAAUCCACAGAUAAUUGUUGUACAGCUUAGAACUGAUCUUAGUUCAGCCCUCAGUUCAAUACAAUAUGUAGUUACUGUGCCUCCAGAAUUUGCAAUUCACUAUGCAGUGUUCUACAGGGAGUAAAGACUUUGCCUUGAAGGAAUUUACAGCCUAGAAACAGACCCACGUUCAGCCAACUAUAAUGCAGCAUUGAGCUGUGAAUGGUAUGCUGGAGUAGGGGAAAGGGAAGUAAUUUUUUAGGGUGCCUCUUAUAUGGUGGGUGCUUUAUAAUCUUACCUAAUUUCAUCUUCGUGGUACCCUGUGGGGAGGUUUCACUAUCCCCAUCAUGUAGAUGAGGAAUUAAGGCUCAGAGAGCUUAAGUCAACUGCCCAGUAUCACAUGGUGAAUAAAUAGAUGAAUAGAGAUAUGAAGCUAGGUUCGGCUGAUUCAAAGCCCUUGUUUUUUCUAUUAAACUACAAUGCUUAUUUUGUUUUGCUCCUACUUUCCUUCUAUAAAUAUUUAUUGAUAUAUAUGAGAGACUGAUUUGGGAGCUUUGGGUGAUAAAAAAGGACACAAGGUAUGUUUCAGUGGAGUUCAGAGGGGGGAGAGAUGACUUACAACUGUGGGGCUUGGGGGAGGUGGCAUUUGAUUUAGCCAGAGAAAGAUAGGACACACUUCUUCUACCAUUUUACAGAGUUAAAUUUAUAAGCCAGCAUUGAAUAAUGUGAAGUCUAGCUCCCUUGCUAAAAAUAACUGAAGAUAACUAAUAUAUUAAAAUAACCCAUUCACAGUCAUAAUGUGUUAUGUAAAAUUUAAUUUUAAAUAUUGAGUACUUCUAAAUGAUGUGUGUGUUUGUGUGCGUAUAUUUCCUUAAUGCCUAGGAAUUUAGGUUAAUGCUUUCCACUAUAGACAGACCAUCUUGGGUGGAUUUUUUCCUUAUUGCUCUGAUGGACAAAAUCAGUUUAGGGUUAUUAAAGAAUGUUUUGGAAUAACCUCUCUUGUCCUUAAGGAAUGGGAUGUCUAAUGUAUUUUGAAGGCACCUGGAAUUUUUUCUAAAUAAAAACAUUAAAAAUGACCUUUGUGUACAGGGUUUUGUUUUUCUUUUUUUAUUGUGCUUUAAGUGAAAGUUUACAAUUCAAGUCAAUUUCUCAUACAAAAACUUAUACAUGCAUUGCUUUAUGAUCCUAGUUGCUCUCUCUAUAAUGUGACAGCACACUCCUCUUCUCCACCCUGUGUUUCCCGUAUGCAUUCAACCAGCCUGUGUGCAGGUUUUUUUUAAAAAAAUGUCAUCAAUUUAGCCUGAAAUCCAGAAGAAUAAACUGUGUUUCCUUAUUUGUAAAGGGAGCAGUCAACUAAGCUAAAUUGUUUUUUCCUUGUCACCCUUACUCUCUCAUUAGCUCAUCAAAAUUGGCAGUAACACGACAAAAGGAAGUCAAACUUGAGGGUAGCACGAAGAAGUGAGGAUGAAAAACUCAAGAGUGUGUCAGAGCAAAUCAAGGCAGAUAUUGUUCCAUUAGCUGCUUGUCACUGGCAUUAGUCAAACUUUUCAGUCACAGAUUUCUCAAAGGAAAUUACAAGAAGAUCUCACUCACGUUAAAGAAAUGUCCAAAUAGUGUUUCUUUUAGACUUGAAAGAUUGUCCCUCAAUUAUUUUUGUGUGCCAAUGUUAGAAGAAGUCUAAAAGAAUAAACAUGUUUUUCUACUGACAUUAAGGUGUGGGUGAAAACCACUUGGCUUGGCCAAAGAAAUAAUGGUGAAGAAAAUGUGAUUAGGAUCUUGGAAACUAUAAGGAAGUAC